ACGGUCCGUUGCCUAGGUGUUAGUAGAAGCUAGUGUACUCCGCCAUGCCUGUCCAAGGCGCUGGGUUUUCUCAUCACUGCUACCCCGAGAGCUGCUAGUACGCAUGGAUUACAGCAACAAUGGGACUGAUGGAGCUUGAGGUUCUGCUCUUCAUUGCCACAAAAUGGGACACCAUGUAGGAACAGCUGCAGCUUAAAAUAAGUAUUUUCUCAGCUGAGGAAAUGGCUUCACCAAAGUCAAUGUUGAUGGAUCAUGGAGAGUUCUUGACGGAGCUGGACCAGAUUACCAAGAGGCUUCAGGACGAUGGCUUGCCUCCAGAGGCCGGAGCGGAGGAGCGGCAGGAGCAUCUAUGGCGGCAGCUGCUCAACGCCGAGGCAAAGCUGCAGUCAGUCUCAAAGGAGCUGCAGGCCUUACGUACGCAGCAGGCCAAUGAAAUGAAGGAGGUGGAGAGCUACGUAGCUCACAUUCGAGCGCUGCUGGAAGAGCGCGAGUGUCUGACUGCAGAGUACGAGAGAGACAAUGAAGACUUGCGACAUGAACUUCACCAAAUCAAACAUCAACAAGAGAUCCAGAGCAAGGAGAUGGCGGAGAUGUUGUCACAGGAAGACCUGGGGGAGAUCGGCUUGAGUAGCCCCAGUGAGCAGGUGGCUUAUCUACUGGUGGAGAGGGCCACUCUGCUGGAAAGGCUGGAGGCUGCCGAGGGGAAGCUGGAAAGUCAAACCCUCGCCGUUACCAACAGCGACCAUCGGGAGCACAUCCAAAUAAAGGGAGAGAGUCUCAGGCAGCAGAGGGAGGACAUGAGCAAGACCAUAGAUCACAUGACGAAGUGUUCAUCCCAGAGUCCGUGGAAGAAGCUGUUUGGCCUGCGCAGGUCUGCUCAGAGCAAACACAAUAUGAGCCCUGCCCAGAGCGAGGAGAUCUCCAGGGAGCGAACGGAGCGGCAGCAGCUGGAGCGGGACCUGGAGGAGGCGUCCAGGAGGCUGGCCAUGGCUCACCAAGACAUUCGCAGACUCAGCAAUGAGCUUGAUGCGGCUAAGAACAACAACCAAGACCCGUGUGGAACUGAGCUUGAGGGGACAGUCCAGGAAGUUGAGUACCUGAGGAAGGAAGUGGACAAAAUGAAACACAAUGAUAUGAUGGAGCUGCAGCGAGCCGAAGAGCAAAAUGACAGACUGGAUGCAGAGAACAGAGCUCUCAGGGAAAGAGUACAUGUCAUAGAGUCUGAGAAGAAAGAUCUUAUGGAUCAGAUGACAAAAUCCAAUGCAGAAAAAGACUUGAAGAACAAAAGUACUGAAUCUGAAAACUCUCUCUCUGCUGUGUCAGCCCAAGAGAAGGAUCAGAUUCAUAAACGGUGUCAGGAAGCGGUGGAAGACGGGCUUAUGCAGGCGAGAGAGCUGCAGCGGCAACUCCAGAGGCUACGCAAGGAGCAGGAAGAGCUGGAGGAGAGGAAUGAGGAGCUGGAGGCCCUGCUGGGGGAGGCCCAGAACGCCAGCAAGGCGGAGAGGCAUCUCCAUGAGGGAGAGGUGGAGGGGCUGCACAGAAGAGUUAGAAACCUGGAGGCGGAGCUGAGAAAGCACGACGCUCAGGAAAAAGCUCCAAAAAAUGGCGACGAGGCGAAGGCCACCGAGUCCUACCUGCACGUCCACCUGAGGGACAGCUCCCAGGAGAGAAUGUCCCUGCUGGAGGCCCGACUGACUGAGGAGAAGGAGUGGAGGAAACAGCUGGAGUUGGAUCUUACUGCUGCUCAGGCUGCCCUCAAGAAAGACAAAGAGGCUCUGCAGAUAGGCGAGCGAGAGCUGAAGAAACUGAGACUUGAGGUCAGCGGUCUUCAGACCGAAUGCCAGCAGGGGAAAACGCUCAUCAAAAGUCUGACCCAGGUCAAGGGAGAGAAGGCCGUUCUAGAAGAAAAGGUGGCCCAGAUGGAGCGCGCCCACAGCAGACUCCAGAGUCAGCUGGAGCGCUACAAGGACAGUGACCAGACGCAGGGAAAAAUGAUGGAAAACAGACUCCAGGCUGAUCAGACGCAGAAGCAGGUCGACAGCCUUAACGUGGAGCUCAGCAGCCUGCAGUCUUCACAUGACAGUCUGAGGGAGGAGAUGACCUCUGAACGCCAGAAGACGGCUGAGCUCCAGGCGGAGCUGAGCGGCGCGGUUCAUCUGAAGCUCGAGGCUGAAGGGAAGAGAGAGAGAGUGGAGCUGGAGGUCCAACGGCUCAAUAAGCAGCUUCAGUGGCAUCAAGAGCAGCUGACCUCUGCAAAGGAGGCACUUCGUCGCAGCCAGAAGGCUGAAAUGGACACAGCUAGCGCGGGAUCUGGGUCUGAUUCGGUAGAGAAAGUAAAGGUCGGAGGUUUGGAUCAGCUUUCAUCUUUGAAGAAGGAAAUAAACGUUCUGGAGGAUAAGCUGGAGGAGGAGCGGCAGCUGGCCUCUCAGCACCAAAUGGCUCUUCAGGCUCAGAUUAGUGAAGCCCAGGCACAUAUUAAGUUGCAAGACUCGGUGCUGAGCCAGAAGGCGGAGGAGGCGAAACAGAUGAAGCAAGACGUGCAGAGGGCCCAGAGCCUGUUCACCUCGGCCGAGAAGGAGCUGCGCUACGAGAAGGAGAAAGGCCUGGAUCUGAAGAGACACAACACUCUGCUGGAGCAGGAAAAACUCAAGCUCGGCGCUGAACUGAAGCAGACCCAGUCCAAGCUGGCACAGGCGGAGCAGAAACUCCAAGCUCGAGACGCCGAGUGCGAACGCCUGCAGCAAAAAGUCCGAGAAUUAGAGCUGCAGCUGAUACGCAGCAGCACCAACGGCAGCGCCACCGCCAGCCUGCAGGAGGAGUUGACGGCCGAGAGGGCGCGGCUCAUCGCUGCCGACAAGAAGGUGUUGGAGCUCCAGCAGCAGCUAAAGAACGCCCAGCACCAGCUACGUGUCGAGGAAGCGCGAGCCGGCGAGAGCAGCCGCCUGGAGAGGGACAGCAGGGAUCUGUUUGACUCUUUGUCGGCCCUCAGGGCCCAGCAGCAGGAGGGCCACAUCACCAGGAAGCUUUUAGAGCAGCGGGAGGAGGAGCUGCAGCAGCAGGUACGCUCGCUUAGGCUGAAGGAAGCUUCCCUCAACAGGACAAACACGGAGCUCAGCCACCGCGUCCAGCGGCUGGACACUCAGCUGUCCAUCCUGGACGCUGAGCUCAAGAAGACAAGAGAGGAGGUAAAAACAAGCUAUAAGUCAAACCACAAACUGCAGGAAGAGCUGAUUACCAGUCAGCAGGAGUGUGAGAGGCUACAAGAGGAGCUGCAGCAGGUCCUCCUCCAACUAGAUGCACAGAUCAGGAAGUACAACGAAAAGCAAAGCCAACACAAGACCAAACUGUGUCAGGCCAAGCAGAUUUUCCUGAAGGCAACGGCACAGAGAGACUCUAACAUCCAGAAACUGGAGAACGAUCUGGCGCUGGCCUCCAGUCUCUCCUAUAAGGAGAAGGAGCGGAUCAACGUAGUGAUGCUAGAAAACGAGAAGCUGCUGGAGGAGAAGCGGGAGCUGCUGCGGAGGAUAAGUGAGGCAGAGGACAUGGGCAGCAAAGGCAUGAGGACGGCUUCCACAGUCCAACACAGGGCCAAUGUCUUAGAGGUGGAAAACAAACAGCUGCAGGACAGAACCAUGAAGCUCUCCAAUCAAGUCAGGUCCCUGGAGCGUGCCCUGAGGAACGUUGAGUCAUUCUACAGUAUGGAGAAUCUCAAGAGAUCGCUCCCCGCUGAUGGUUUCACAGGCAGCGUCCUGCAUUCGUCAGCUCUGAGUCUGACCUCAGGUCCCUGUGAUCACGCUGACAUCCUGGACGCGAUCUGCCGUGCGACGGUGAGCAAGCACGUGGUGCUGGACGGCGCCAGGACUUCCGUCUCUACGCAGCAGCCGUCUGAGCAGGGAUACCUGAACCUCACCUCCCCAAUGGUCACUCUGACUUCCACUAAGGGUAGCGAAGAGACCUCAGAUGGCAAAGACCAGGGGUGAGAGGCCAUGGGAGUUUAGUGAUGUCACUGCCAUACAACGUAAUCUGCUUAUUUGAAAAGCAGAUUCUUGUUUGCCUCAUAGGUACUGUAUUUGUCCCAGCAGCUUACUGAAAGUGAUUUAUUUUUAUUUAUUUUUUUUACAAAGCCUUUAUUAAUCAAGUAUUUUUCAACGUACACUGUUUUUAAAGACAACAGUGUCCAUUGGGAUUCUACAUUAGAAUCUAGUCUGUUUAUUUGGAAUGCAAACGCGUGCAAAUGGUUUUCUAAAUGUUUAUUAUGUUUCUUUGGUUUGUUUGCCUUUUGCACGCCAAAGAUUACGAGCAUCACUUAAAGUUUGAAAGACUGAUACUGUUUGUAACAUAACAUCAUGAGAAGCACCACACACUAGUGCCUUUAAUGGGAAAUACGUUUUUCUGACAGUUAUUUUAAUAAUUCUAUUUGAAUUGAAGCACUUUAGCAUGUUUUUUUUUAUACAGAUGUUUACAUUCAAGAUGUUUCAGCAACGCUGUGCAAAUUUUGGGAUGUUAAUAACUUUUCCUGGUUCGAUUUUGCAGUGUUUUGAUGCCUUUAUGAUGCCUAACGUGUUGGCUACUUUUGUACUUAAAAAGAAAAAAAAAUCUAAACUGAGUGAAUUUUUACCAGUUUACAGUUCGGAAUGUUUCACCCGUCUUCUGUCUAACAGGAGAUUAUCUGGUACUUUAAACAAAAACAAUUCUGUCCUUUUAUUUUUCUUCUUCUUGGCCUCAUUCAAGUUUCCUCUGGUAGUGUUUUAAUUUAUUUAUUUUUUGUCAUCCACAUAAAAAAAAGUUUCCUCCUGCGGUUUUAAAGCAGCGUCACGUGGCCACAUCUGCGAUUAUCAUCUUUCAUGCUUAGCUAUCUGUUUGAAACUCUGAACUCCACCAAAAACAAAGUCCAGUUCAACUCACAGAUAUGAUUACAAAAUUCAUAUUCAAUUGUUCUUUUUUUCUUCUUUUUUUUUUUUAAGUAACACAGCAGUCAAGUUGUCUGCUUGUAACAGAAUAGAAGGUGUGACAGCAUGAUUUCACGCACGGCUUCCUGUCACACCAGGUCACUGGUGUUUAGUCGUGAUGUGACAGAAUCGCUCUCGUACAUUCUGAACUAAACAGAGACGUAUUGUGUAUUUAUAUGUAAUCAAAUUCUGCAAAGGAAACUGCCCUGCCUGUCACAGGACGAACAGUACCGGCCAUGUUUACUAACACAACUGUAGGGAUGUAAAAAAAAAUAAAAAAUAAAAAAUCACCUUAAAAAUGACUCAUAAGCAUCAUAAUCUAAAUGGGAUUUUUUUUUCUUUUUUUUUAAAUCCAACUUGCAAUGAAGGAAAUCAACAAUGACACAAUAGUUGAUUGUGCUCCUGAAGUUCAUUUUUCUCAAUGGGAUAGAUCUUUUAUAGCAUUGUUCGAGGUUGGAGUGCACAGAGAGAGCUACGUCGGGUUUAUUGUCCUUUUCUGUUUACCCAACAGGAUUUAAGUAUCAAAAGUGAGCGGGUUCAUGGAGAAAUUUUGAUUUCUGUUGAACUAUCUCCGUGACGUUGCUAGAAUACUCAAAGACGACUCAUUUUUUGCUUUUCUGGACGAAACGCUGGGAUUUAUGCUCCGUAUUUCCUGUUAUUCCAAAACAGCUCAUGAUGCUGUUAAUCUGACAAAGCUCCCAGAGCUCCUGGAGGAGAAACAGGCCCACAGCAUAACAGGUCCUCCAUCAAACCUAAUGGGAAGCAUCUGGUGCUUUUCCACACAUUCAUCCAGGUCAGCAUGAAAACAGCAUCUUUAAAAUAAGCCUACUUUAUUUUGGUUGCUAUGGAUAUUCCAAGAUGCCAUGCUUUGCCUGAGUGAUCUUUGGAGAUUUUUAAUUUUAAUUUUUUGUAUCUUGCUCAGCAUCCUCAUUAUGUCAGUGUAAAUCUCAGUUUUUGUGAAGCCCAUAGGAUUCGGUGGAAUGCCAUGUUAGUGCACAGAUUUUUUCUUUCUUUAUAAUGCUCUUUAAUUUAAAUGUGUAUUUUUCUACAUUUCUUGGAGAUUAUGCUACUGCAAUAACGGCUUUAUUUUAUUUUUUUCUCAUCUUCCAGAGGUACCAAUAGAUGUGGCUGACGCAAACAAAUGCCUUCAAAUAUUAGCUGCACUUUAGACCCAAAUAUUAACUACUAUAGGUUUUAAUAAACAUGAAUGCAUCACAUUUGCAUAUAUUUUCUAAAUGCAAGCCACUAUUUUUGUAUUAGCUACAUUUUUACACAAAAGAAUUUGUUAUUUCCAUUGUGCCUGAAACUUUGGUGUUUCCAACGCGGGACUUUGUUUUAUUUGUUUGUUUUUUUGAAAGGAUUGUGGAAAUUGGUUCAACUUUCGUCGCAUUUGUAUGUGAACAUUUUUUGGUUUCAAAUUUUAAAUUAUUUUUUUCUAAAAUAAAGAUUUAAUGAACAAAAAUGUCUGCGUGCUCCGUUUUCAAACUUCAACUUAAGAAACGGACUAAUUUAUAACAGUCUGUUUAUUAAACAAGGUAAAGAUACAAAGCUUUUUUUUUUUUUUUUCUAUUUUCCUUUUUUUUUUUUAAACAUUGAUGACCUUAGUUAAACUCCUCAGUCUUGGCUGUGCAUAUUUAGUCGUCUAGAAACCGUAUAUGAAACCACAAUGCAAGACAGGAAAAAAAAAAAAAGUGUAAUAAAUCUACUGAAUAUCUUUUUCAUAGAGAACAUGGGUUAAACAGUUAUACAGAUUACAGCUCAAGAACUCCAUGCGGAAUAAAACGAAAAGAACAAAACAAGAAUAAAAUGCUUACACGACUGAAUACUGUCGAACACAAUACAGAGUAAUGGAUCUGGGAUGAUAAACAGUUAAGGCUUACAUGUAUAGAACUGAUAUAAAAGAUGAAUAUUAAUAACAUACAGGUAGACUAAAAUAAUUACAGUAAAUUCAUACAUGAACUUUUACAAAUUCCAAACAGAACAUAUCGAUGGAAAACCGAAAAGCAGGUAUUAUAUGAGUAACAUGUUUUACAGUACAGGAACAUGUACAUUUUUCCAUUAUCUCAAAAAAAAAAAAUCAAAUAAAAUAAAAAAAUUUGAGAGUUAGAGGGAGUACGUUGAAGAGGCAGGGUCUGUUGUUGGCGUAAAUGUCCGUUUUUCAGGCCAGUGGCUUGAGUAAUAGGUUCUUAUUCUUUUUGAAAACAUACUAUAUACUGUAUAUGUAUUUUACAUUAUUCUCAGUUCCUUCUCCGAGCUAACGACGAGCCGCAGCACCGUUUUUUUCUUUUGUUUUUCUGAAGCGCCCUGAAGAAUACAGGGAGCCCUACAAGUACCGUUCGGAGAUUACAGUAAAAAUACAACAAACAAUACUGUGCACAGUAAAAAUAAUACUAGAGAAAGAGAGAGCGAGGAGGAAACAGCUGAGGAUUUACCUCGACACACACUCGUAAUCCUACCGAGUAGGACGUAUACUGCAGUUUCUUCAAGAUGAGUAAAGCUUAUUUUAAAGAGAACAAAAAAACCCUAAAAAAAAUAAAGGGGGCGGGGGUCGACUAGGUGAGAGUAGCUGUACAUUAACUUCACAUUUUGGUCCAGUGGUUGGAUUUAAAAUUACCCACUUCAAAAAAAAAAAGAAAAACUAUUUCAGCUGGAAUUUGAGCUGAUUUAAAAAAAAAAAUAAAAAAAUAUUUACUUAAGUUCUGACAAACGUGUCAAAACCUUAUAAAAAAGGAAUCGUCAAAGCCUUCAUAAACUGUUUAAGGUCGGCUUCCUCUUCAGUUCUCAAAGGUCAAGUAUGGCACUGAUCACUUGCACGAGCAUAAAAAUAGAGUGUGUGUGUGUGUGUGUGGAAAAGGGAUGCUGGAAAUGGGUACAUAAAUGCAAUAUUUCUGAAAGGUGCCUUUAAAUUGAAUACGGUUGUCACAGAAUUUGAGAGAGCUAAAACAAGAAAAAUAUAUAUUCCAUUUAAUGUUGCUCCACUUCUGCCAAUAACUCCACCUCCUCAUACAAUCAUUGGAAUUGUCAUCGACCGAUUGCCCGUCAUCAGGUUUGGAUGGCCGUGUACUUGUGCAGAAAAAAAAAGAAAAAUGAAGAGAGCAGCACAGAGAACCGUCAUUUGUUUGUACUCCUAGCUGCCAGAAGUAAUGCCCCCUUCUUUUUUGUUUGGCAUUUUCCCUCCAACUUGAUUAAAACAGUUUGAGCCAAAACCACAGUGCCAAAAAGUGCUUUAAGAUCAUCUUUGGAUGUUUUCCAAACACACCCAGCAAAUAUCCCCCCCUCACCCCCAGCACCACCACCACCACAUACAUCCUCUCUCAAUACUUUAAAAAGGCCAAGUUUUGAAAACCCAUUUUAUGGAAAAGCGGGGACAAAAUAAACUAAAACUGAAGGGGGUAAAAAAAAAAAA